AGCCCUCCCACAUUAAUGCUCUGCUCUGUCCUGCAGGCUGGCAGUGAUGGGGAGAGCAUAGGAAACUGCCCCUUCUCCCAGAGGCUCUUCAUGAUCCUGUGGCUCAAGGGAGUCGUGUUCAGUGUCACAACAGUGGACCUGAAGAGGAAACCAGCAGACCUUCAGAAUCUGGCUCCAGGCACUCACCCACCCUUCAUCACAUACAAUGGGGAAGUGAGAACAGAUGUGAACAAAAUUGAAGAGUUCCUGGAAGAUGUUCUGGCCCCACCCAAGUACCUGAAACUCUCACCAAAGCAUCCAGAGUCCAACACUGCUGGGAUGGAUAUAUUUGCCAAAUUCUCUGCAUUUAUCAAGAACUCUAGACCAGAAGCUAAUGAAGCCUUAGAACGUGGCCUCUUGAAAACCCUGCAGAAGCUGGAUGAGUACCUGAACUCCCCCCUCCCUGAUGAGAUUGAUGAGAACAGCCUGGAGGAUGUCACAGUCUCCACCAGAAAGUUCCUGGAUGGCAACGAGAUGACCUUGGCUGACUGCAACCUGCUGCCCAAACUGCACAUUGUCAAGGUGGUGGCCAAAAAAUACCGCAACUUUGAGAUUCCCAAGGAGAUGACAGGGAUCUGGAGAUACCUGACAAAUGCUUACAGCAGGGAUGAGUUCACCAACACCUGUCCUGGAGACAAGGAGAUUGAAAUAGCUUACAGUGAUGUAGCCAAGAGACUCACCAAGUAACCAGCACUUGCAGAGGAUGCAUCCUGCAUAUCCCAUAACAAUGCUUCUAACAGACUGCUCUCCUCAUAUCCAAUAGCAAUUGUUCUGUGCAUGAACUCCCAGUUACUCCCAGUCACGGUGGAUAGACCAGGUACAGUCAUGACCUAAAGUUUGAGACUUUGAUUACUUUGAUUUUUCCUGACCUCCUCUCACAGCCUCCCAUCGAUGCAGUCGUGUUCCUGUGGCACUGGGGUGACUCUGGAUUCUUCAGUGUCAAGGGUUGUCUUGCCCCUGCUGCUUUUCUCUGUAAACAUUUGGUCCAUGAUUUGUCCAGGAAUUGGUUUAGGAUCCUGUCUCACUGUAUGGUACAAGGAAUAUUUAUGUAUUUUGGAAUUUAUUGCUUUUCCAGAAGAUCUGUGACACAUUGAACUGUACCUGCUUGUCUAUCCUAUUUACAUAGAGAAGGGAACUUAGUAUCCAAAAGAGCCAUUUGCAAAAUAUUUGGCAACGUUUUGUUGGUUUGUUUUUCGUUGGUUGUAUUUUUUUUUCAAAUCUCUCGGAUUUGAAGUCACUGUAGUGGUUGAGAAUGGACUCAAUGUGAACCUUGGAUUUGAAUGACCUCAGCAUCAGGGAAGUUUGAAUCCAGGCUUGAGAGCUGGGGCAGGAAGCUCAAAGCUCAGAGUUGAUGUUUAUUGUGUCUUCAAGAGCUUGAGGAGAUUUAAACACCUGCAUUGUCUGAAUUUUGAGUUGCAGCAAACAAAUAAUUGUCAGGAUUUCCCAUCAGGAAACAGCAGAGUUGGAAGCUGCCCUCUGCUCACCUUAAGAAUUGCAAGUGGCUUUCUUUUUGGUAGUUAAGAGCCUUUGUUUUGUAUAGGUCUUUUUGGUGAUUUUUACUUAAAAAUCUGUUCUGUCAUAGCCCAAAUUUAUGGAACCUGUAGUGUCCUAACUCUGGGUGGGGAAUAGCAGUGCAAUGAUGAGUGAUGCAAAAUGGACUGAGAGCCAUGAAAUGGGAACCUUUUCAUGCCCUUUCUUCCCUGAAGAAAGCUAAAGUGACCUUUAAAAAGAACAUUUGCCUUAAAUGAUAGGAGGGUUUUGGUUUUUUUUCCUGAAAGGAAAUCUGGGAAUUUUGUAGAGAAAUGGUGGAAUCCAGUCCUUCCCAUUGAAUAUUGAUCCCAGUUGUUUCUGUGCACCUGGACUGCAGUUUUGCAUACUCAUAAUCAUUGCACUACUAUACUUAAAUCUUUUUACAGCAACAUUGAGGAAUAGCACUACAAUUUUUUUUAAAGCAAUUUUCAAGUGUUUCUAAACCAGGGAAUAGUUUUCUUGUUUAAAAUUAAUGGUUUUGAUGCAUGAAAUAAACUGCUAGUUUAUUUUUAAAAGACCAUCAUAAACAACUCCAAAGAAUGCUAGACUUAUAUGCCUAUUUUUUUGUAAAGAUACUUUUAUAUUUAACUGAUUUUAGAAGCUGGAAAGUGCUAUUCCUGCUAGGUUGUUCUUGGAAUAUUUAACAUUCUGCAAUAACGUGGAAAUGCUCACAUAAACACUUUUAUACACUAAUUUU